CUCAAAGUCCAAACGUUGCUCGAUUGAAAAGACCAACUUCGAUGGCGAAGGUGCUUGGGGUGCCAUCAUCGUCGAGUGUCGGCCUCUUGGAUGUUCUACCCGCCGUGGGGACGUUCUGUGUGGCUUUGCCCAUGUACGUCGCCACGGCGUUUCCCAGUGUUCCGGGUGGCGACAGUGGCGAACUCCUCGCGGAAGCUUGUAAGGCGAAAGGCGGCGUCGCGCAUCCGCCGGGCUACCCGCUGUACCUUCUCCUGCUUCAAGCCGCGUUCAAACUGGAACUUUUCCACGGUUUGACGCCUGCGUACAUUGCCAACCUCGAGAACGCCUUGUUCGCCGCCGUCGCCGCCGCCGCGAUCACCCACUUUGUGUACUUGUACACGAACAAAACGAAUGCGUUUGCAGCUAUCGCGGGCGGACUCAUGUUUGCGUUCACGCCUCUCACGUGGGAAUAUGCUGUCGGGGCAGAAGUGUUUGCGUUGAACAACAUGCUCCUCGCGAUUCUGUUUGUGCUGUGCGCAGUGUUCAAGCGCUCCCACAGCAUCUCGGCCGCGUCACUUGGCGCUCUCAUCUGCGGCUUGGCCCUUUCCAACCAACACACUGCCAUCUUGUACGAAGUGCCCAUGAUUGCGUGGAUGUUGUGGCACGGUCGCAAUGUAUUUCGCUGGUACCACCUCUUUUGCUUUGGCAUGCUCUUUGUGGCAGGCCUGACGCCAUAUUUGCAUCUCAUGAAUGUAUCCGAAACGCCGUCGAAGGGGUCGUGGGGCAACGCGUCCAGCUGGAUGGGGCUGCUCCGCCAUUUGGUGCGAGAAGAGUACGGCACGUUCAAGCUGUCGCCCAUCAAACCCACAAACCUUACCGAGACUCCGUGGGAACGAGGGUUGUUGUACCUGCACGACGCCCGCGAGCAAUUUAUUGGCGUCGGGUUUAUCUUGGCCUUCAUUGGGCUGUGGCGCGCCGACAACGCACCCGAGGCAACACCCGCCGUGGCGGACGCGACCACGUCAUCCAGUGACACGCAUACCCCGGAGCAACGAUCGCUCGAUGACUUGCUCCUCUUGACGUUGCUGCACUACUUGGUUUGCUUCAACGCUUUGGCCAACUUGCCCUUGUACAUUCCACUAACUCGAUCGAUCCACAGCCGCUUCUGGAUGCAACCCAACAUGGUCAUCGCCAUGUUCCUGGGUAUUGGCCUCGCGCGCAUGCAGGGCAAUGUGAUUCGGGGGCUGCCGUCGUUCAUUCCGACGUCCAUGGGUCGAUUUCUCGUGAUCGGGUCGUCCGUGGCGCUCGUGGGGCUUCAAAUCUCGACGCACUUUCGGCAAUCCAACCACAGCAAGUCGGGCGUGGUCAUGUCUUCGUACGGGAACGCACUACUCGACACGCUACCCCCCCACUCGGUGCUGCUCUCGUACACCGACAUCAACUGGAACAGCGUCCGGUACCUCCAAGAGUGCGAACACAAGCGCCCAGAUGUAACGCACCUCAACUUUCAGCUGAUGCCGUACAGCUGGUUCAGUCGCCAGCAUGAUUUGUACCCGGGUAUCACGUUCCCCCAGCUCAUUCAAGGCGUGUCCACUGAACGGGGCAGCAAGGGCUUUGAGCAGCUCAUGCGCCGAUUUGUCAUGCAAAACAUGUACGCAAUCAACAUGUACUUGGACCUCCACGCCGUGAACGAAUCAGCGUUGGGCAAAGACGGGUACUACAAUGGGUUUUAUGUGACCCCCCACGGCAUGCUGUGGAAGAUCCACGAACAGAAAAAGAUGCCCACGUAUGCCAAGUGGAACAAAGAGUCCAAGACGCUGUUUCAAAUGUACAACCAGAGCUUUGCACUGGCCCAUUCGGCAAAGUACCCCGACGGGUCGUGGGAGUAUGUGGCCCGCAAGAUUUACUUUGACGGGCUGUAUCAGAAGGCGCUGCACAGUUUGCAGUACUGGAUCGACCGCACGGCCAAGAAGGGCAAAGAUGUCACGUAUGACGAUUUAGACGGGUACAUGUUUGGGCUGCGGGAUAUUGUCAAGGCCCUCAACGGCAUUUACCACGUUGCCAUCCCGGUGCAAUGUGUCACAUACCCCCGUAAAGACAUUGUCAAAAACUUGGCUCUCACGUACGUGCGGUACCACGGCGCCCUCGUCUUGGCAGAGCAUCAACCGCAGCGGGACCUGCCCAUCUCCAAGCAGUUGAUCCAUGACGUAAAAGUGGAGGCCGUGCGCAUUUCCAACGAAUUCAUCGAGUUAAGUCCUAAGGACAAGGACCUUGAAGUGUUCCAGACGUUUGUCGACACUGCCGACGACCCCGAGGCAGCGACGGCAGCGGCGAAGAAAGCCAAGAAGAGCAGCAAGAAGAAGAAGAAGGCGCGACCCCAUCAAGUGGUCGACGAAGAGUUGUAACGUACGAAUAAUAAUGUACUACAUACCCUGGUCCCUUGGACUUACAGCC